GUGAAGAUGCCAACACGGAACUUACUUCUAGGAUCUAUUCUUCUAAGCCUGGCUGUGAAGGGGGAUCCUGGACCCCAUAGAGGUGCACGGUGUGGAGUAAGCCCAUUGGGUUCUGCAACGGAAUUGAACUACCUUUCUCGAAUUGUUGGAGGGAGAGAAUCAAAGAAAGGUCAACAUCCAUGGACAGUAUCAUUGAAACGGAAUGGAAAGCAUUUUUGUGGAGGAACCCUUGUGAGCCAUUGUCAUGUACUUACAGCUGCCCACUGUUUACUCGACAGGAAUGUGAAAUUAUAUAUGAGAGUUUACAUUGGAGAAUAUGAUCAAAUACUAAAAGAAGAAACUGAACAGAUGUUCAGGGUUAUCGAAAUCUUCAAACACCCCAACUUUAACCAGAGUCAGCCAAUGAACUAUGAUGUUGCUGUACUGUUGCUGGAUGGUUCCGUAACCUUUGACGAGAAUAUCCAACCAGCAUGCCUGCCAAACCCAGAUGAUGUUUUUGAACCGGGUGACCUCUGUGUUACUCUUGGGUGGGGUCAUUUAACAGAGAAUGGAAUUCUCCCUGUUGUUUUACAAGAGGUCUACUUACCCAUUGUGGACCUCUCAUCGUGCCUGCAUGUCAUGUCAGCUCUGAAAGGAACCGUUGUGUCUUCGUAUAUAGUGUGUGCAGGAUUUCCAGAAGGAGGGAAGGACGCCUGCCAGGGGGACUCAGGAGGCCCGUUGCUGUGCCAGCGCCGUCAUGGAAGUUGGGUUCUACAUGGUCUGACCUCCUGGGGGAUGGGGUGUGGACGUUCAUGGAAAAAUAAUGUGUUUUUGCCUCAUAAUAGGAAAGGAUCUCCAGGCAUUUUCACAGACAUCCAGAAAUUGCUUGGCUGGGUGAGCUCGCAGUUGAAUACAGCUGUCCCAAAUAAAAACCAGGAAAGCUGCAGCAUGCAGGAUGGCGUCCUCUCCGGGAAAUCGGGGGAGCUAAUAUUUCUCAAAAACCCAAUGUCCGUUACAAGAACAAUGAGCGGUGCAACUGGAUUCUCACUGUCCCUAAAAACAUGCACAUCUUGGAAUUUCACCCAUUUGGACAUAGAGUCUGAUUUUGCUUGCAAUCUGGAUUAUCUGGCGAUCUAUACGGAUUCACAUAGGCUCAUUGGGAAGUUUUGCGGUGAUAUCCCCCCGAGGUCCCUUCUUAUCUCCUUUUCAAGCAUUAAGCUAAACUUUUUUUCUGACUUUCACGAAAACCGGACUGGGUUUGUCUUGUACUAUUCAGCAGUGGAACCUAACACUUACCCAGACUCAGGUUGCGGAUCCUUUGCUGUGCUUUUUGAGGAAGGAGAGAUACAAAGUAUGAACUACCCUGAGAAUUACUUAAGCAACUCCAGAUGUCACUGGAUAAUCCAUGGUCCAUCUGGUUCCUAUAUCAAGCUGCAGUUUGAAGACUUUGCACUAGAACCCUCUGACGACUGCAGAUCCGACUAUCUGGCCGUUUAUGAGGAUUUGGCUGCCGAGGACAAGAUUGAAACGUUCUGUGGGUUUUCCCUUCCUGCUCCAGUGUAUAGCACUACGGCUGUGAUGCACAUAAAGUUUUCAACAGAUGAACGUGACAAUGAUAAAGGGUUCCGAGCGACCUUCACUUUUGUCAGCCCAAACAGUUUAGUUGAAGACAGUAGGCAAGGAAACAUGCCCAGCACAAACAAGAAGGAAACAACUGCCCAAGACAGCAUCUGUGGAGUUUCCCAGGUCCCCCCCAUAUUUAUAUAUAAUAGCAUUGCUAAAGUGGAAGAGGCAGUCCCCCACUCCUGGCCCUGGCACACAAGCUUACAGUAUGCUGGAGAACAUGUGUGCGAUGGAGCAAUUAUUGCAGAAAACUGGAUCCUUACAACAGCGAGCUGUGUCUUAAACAGAAAGUUCAGUGAUGUGUGGCUGGUGGAUCCUGGGAUACAUGAUCUCUUGCGGCCUGGACACAAUCAGAAAGGUUUAGUGAAGCAGAUUAUCCCUCACCCCAGUUUCAGCAGCCAAACAAAUGACUUUGACAUUGCUUUAGUGGAGCUGGAUGAAAGCCUUCAGUUCAACAGUGACAUAUUCCCUAUAUGCCUCCCUGGCAAAACCAGCGAGUUGGCACCUGCCAGCCUCUGUGUUGUCUCCGGAUGGAGUCUUCGCGGGAAAGAGGCAGAAAAGUCAACAAAGCUUCAGCAGCGUGAAGUCCCCAUCCUUACGGAUGAUGCUUGCAGUGCUCACUAUAUACAAAAUCCAGGGGGCAUCACGGAUAGGAUGCUAUGUGCUGGGAUAGGAACCGGACAGGACAAUGAUUCCUGCUCAGAGCAGUCUGGCAGUCCAUUGGUUUGUCUGUCGGAAAAAAAAGGCAUCUACACAAUUUUUGGCAUUGCCAGUUGGGGCGUCAACUGCAAGGAAAACUCCAAGCCUGGGAUCUAUACUAAGGUGUCCCCCUUUAUCGACUGGAUUCGACAAAUAAUGAGUGAUACAGGACAAAUCCAUUCAAACCUUGGUGACCCGAAACCCCAUCCGAUGGGAAAUAUAGAGCCGGAAGAAACAGCAGGCAGGGACAUUAUUCAAGGCGGGUUUCCCACAAAUGACGCCAGCUCCAACCAAAACCUUUACAUUGCGUCCAGCUGUGAGGAUGUGGUACUGCUGCAGUCACCUGGAGAGAUUAAAAUGGAAACCAAAAGCCAGAUGUAUCCCAAUGGUUUCAGUUGCCAGUGGAGAAUUAUUGCCCCAAAGUUCCAAAUAAUAAAAUUAGUCAUGAAGCAAGUGCACAUGUCUGCGGAGAAUGGAAAGUGCUGUAAUUCUCUCAUCAUCUAUGAAGGAAUCUCCAAGAACAAGACCUUAAAAGUUCGGUUCCCCACGGAUGAGAUGGUACCAGGGACUGUCUGGUCAGAGGGCUCUUCUGUUACCAUUGAGUCUCCACCACAAGUAGAUCCGGAGUUUGGAUUUUGUCUGGUGUACAGUUUCCACAGCAGAACCCAAUCCCAGGACCACGUUGUGCCUGACAGUGACAGCUCUGAACCUUAAACGGCUGAACAAGGCAAUGCUGUAAAGAUCUGUGUUCCACGGAAGGUCCCAAAUAACUCACUGUUUAUUCUCUUUUGUCUUCCUACAUACAAUCAAUCAAACAAAUCUAUUUGUUUAACUAGUCAGAGAUUGAAUCUAAUAGGAAAGUGCAAGGAAUUGGAUUUUUAAAACUGUGUGUGUGUGUGUGUAUGUAUAUAUAUAUGUAUAUGUAUAUAUAUAUAUAUAUAUAUAUAUAUAUAUAUAUAUACACACACACACAUUUUUAAUUCAAAAUAUAAAAUGAUAUUGCUAGUGCUAAGUGAUACUAAAGUAAUGGCACCAUUGGAUUGAUAUAGGAUUUCCCCAAACUUGAUUGGUUUUUAAUGCAGGGCCGCCAUCAGAAAUCACAGGGCCCCGUACAACAAAAAUUUCUGGGCCCCCUGGUCCCCGACCCACCCCAGAUCCCUCCCACACCACAGUAAAAGGCCACACAAACAGGGUAAACCCCCUCCAUGCACAAGUUAUAAAAAGCCAUUGGUGGGCAGGCCCCCGUUAUAAGUUAAAAAAAAUUUGGUGUCCAGGGUCUCAAAUAAAAGUUAAAAAAUAAACAUUGGUGGUCAGGGCCCCCCUACAAGUUAAAAAAAAUCAUUGGUGACCAGGGCCCCCCCCCAUAUAAA